CAGUCCCCGCCCCCACGCCGCUGCUCCGCUGUUUCCGCCCAGCUCCUUUGUGCCGCGCAGAACGCCGAGAUGACGCAUGCGCAGAGAGACCCAGCCGCCGCAUAUAUAAACCGGAACCCAGGCUCUUCCUCGUAGUGCCGCUGGGACCGUUGGUGUGCGAGGGCUUUGCAGCUUCUGGCGUCACUCGGAUCCUGGGCUCUGCGAGCUGAACGAGCCGAGCUCGCGGGCCAGUCAUCAUGUCGCGCUACGGGCGGUACGGAGGAGAAACCAAGGUGUAUGUUGGUAACCUGGGAACUGGUGCUGGCAAAGGAGAGUUAGAAAGGGCUUUCAGUUACUAUGGCCCCUUAAGAACUGUGUGGAUUGCAAGAAAUCCUCCGGGAUUUGCCUUUGUGGAAUUUGAAGACCCUAGAGAUGCAGAAGAUGCAGUUCGAGGCCUGGAUGGCAAGGUGAUUUGUGGUUCCCGAGUGAGGGUUGAACUAUCAACAGGCAUGCCUCGGAGAUCUCGUUUGGAUAGACCCCCUGCCCGACGUCCCUUUGAUCCAAAUGAUAGAUGCUAUGAGUGUGGUGAAAAGGGACAUUAUGCUUAUGAUUGUCAUCGCUAUAGCCGACGAAGAAGAAGCAGGUCACGGUCUAGAUCACAUUCGAGAUCCAGAGGUAGACGAUAUUCUCGCUCACGGAGCAGGAGCAGGGGAAGGAGGUCAAGAUCAGCAUCUCCUCGACGAUCAAGAUCUGUAUCUCUUCGUAGAUCACGAUCCGCUUCACUCAGACGAUCUAGAUCUGGUUCUAUAAAAGGAUCGAGGUAUUUCCAAUCACGGUCAAGGUCAAGAUCAAGAUCCAGGUCUAUUUCACGACCAAGAAGCAGCCGAUCAAAGUCCAGAUCUCCAUCUCCAAAAAGAAGUCGUUCCCCAUCGGGAAGUCCAAGAAGAAGUGCAAGUCCUGAAAGAGUGGACUGAAGUUCUCAAGUUCACCUUUUAGGGAAAAGUUAUUUUGUUUACAUUAUUAUAAGGGAUUUGUGAUGUUUGUAAAAAGUAACCUAGGAAGGUUAUUUCGACCAUCUAAUCAAAAUGGAUCUGGAUUAUUACUCUGUAAAUUCACAGCAGUAAGAUAAUAUAAAUUUUUGUUGAAUGUAUUAACAUCUUAUGGUUUGCAAAUGUGAGUUUUUAUUUGGCACAUUUAAAUAAAAUGUUUCUAACUAGA